UCCCACCUGGCUCUGCUGGGAGAGGCUCAGGUGGGACCUCGGGGGGCUCCUCCUGCGAGGAGACCCUGCACUGAGGGUUCUCUGGCAAAAAGGAGCAUUUUUAAGGAAGAAUUCCCUUUUCCAUGCGAUUUUUGGCGGUCCCACCUCCCGAGAGGAGCACGGUCAGCCCAAGGGGGAUGUUUCUCACCACCCUUCCUGCACCCCAACCACCCACUGUGCCCUCAUGGUCACCCAACUGAAUCUUCUUCCUCCUCCUCUUCUCCCCCCUCCUCUCCCUCUUCCUCCUCCUCCUCCGUGGUGGCAGAGCAGAAAAACCACAAUGCUGGGAAAUGACUCGAGGGUUUGGUGCCUUUCAUUUGGGGGGUCAGGGAAGACCUUACCCACCUUUGGGGUGUCUCAUUCGUGGCCUUUCCUCCUCUCCAGCCCCUGCUGGCUGCAAGUUGUGCCCCCAGGACUGGCAGCUCCAUGGGGAGAGAUGCUACUGGCUCUCCAAGGAAUCGGGGAACUGGACCCAGGGCAGGAAAAGCUGCAAAGAUCAGGGCUCUGAGCUGGUGGUGCUCCAGAACGAGACAGAAAUGGAGAACGUCGAGAGUGUCACAGGCAGGCGCCCGUGGUCGGUGUGGGUUGGGUUGAGGUCGCAGCAGAAGGAGUGGACGUGGGUGGACAACACCCCCUACGACCCCCACAGGUUUGGGGACCUGCCGGAGGUGGAUGAAGGGUGUGGGACCCUGAAAGGCAACCGCUUGGAUCUUGAGAUCUGUGUCGGUGACCACAAGUGGGUUUGCCAAAAAGCCCCUUUCCAGCUCUCCCCGCCCACGGUUGGGAAGCUGGAUGAUGCCUCCACCUGACACACUCGGGCAAGGACCUCGUGUGGUACAAAAAAAAAUUUUAUUACAAUUUUUUCAUGGUUUAUGCACCCUGUUACAUAAGCAGUAAAUUCCUGUGAGUGACUUUUCUCUGUAUCUACUGUUUAAUUAAGCAUUUACAGAGCAGGAGAAAAAUACUCCCAAACAAUUUCACACACACAUGGAUACAUCUCACCAUGUCUGCAUUAAAGUUGCUGAGCUCCCCUUGAGAUUCUCUCAGGGUCAUAUAAUGUU